AUGGAAGAGAAGAUGAAGAGUAGUGUUGAAAGAAAAUCUGAAAUACCUUCAGAUAUCAUAUCUGAUAUAUUCUCUUGGCUUCCUAUCAAAUCUUUAUGUCGUUUCAAGUGCGUUUCUAGAUUUUAUAACUCUCUUGUAUCGGAUCCAUCUUUUGUAGACAUCCAUCUAAGCCGCUCAAAAUAUCCUCCUGAUAAAAUUGAAUUUCUCGCGCAUUCAAGAGAAAAGAAUUUUUACACCGUAGACCUGAAGGUGGAAGAUAAAAAAGCCUCCGCUCUAUGUAUCAAGGAGUUAGAUGGCAUUAGCUGUACUAAUAUUGGUUAUGUUAACGGUUUGUUCCUCUUAUGGAGUCGAAACAUGCAGCAGCCUGUUAUUUAUAAUCCCACUACCAAAAAAAAAAGAACUCUUCCUUCCCUAAAUCUCGUUGGGGAUGGAACCCUCUUUUAUGAUUAUUCAUUCGGUUUCGAACCAGAUAAGAAGAAGUACAAAAUUUUGAUGAUUACACGAUCUCAGAAUAUACCUAUGAGAUACUGGAUUUUCACUCUAGGCUCAAGUGAAUCAUGGAGAGAGAUUAAAAGUGCAACACAUUCGUUAUUUUCGUUAUUUGGUAAUGGAGGAGUUUGCAUUGAUGGAAUUGUCUAUUUCUUCGAUAAUUACAAGAAGAAAACAUGCAUAAUGGCGCUUAAUGUUAGAACUGAAAAUUUCAGAAUUAUCUCUUUGUGGAUUGAUAUAUAUACUCCCCCACUAAGGUAUUAUAACUUGAUAGAAGUGGAGGGAAAAUUAGCCGGCAUUGAUCAAUUAAGAUGGUAUAAGGGAGAGAUGGAUUUGUGGAUUUUAGAGAGGUAUGAGGAAUGGGUGAAGCAUACUAUUACCUUUCCGCUGGCCAUUUCUUCUAACUUGCAAUAUUUAGGGUCUUGCUCUUCUACUCGUACUCCUCAUGGUGAGAUAGUUUUGAUCGUGAACACUUCGUUCAAGCCAAAUCGGAUGUUCUUUUAUGAUUUGAAGAAGAAGAGUUGGAGAUCAGAAAUCGAAGUCAUGGAGCUUGAAGGACAAACUGAGAUCAUUGGUAUCUAUAGUCAUGUAGAUAGCCUCUUAUCGUGUAUUUAUUGUUAGUUUUGAAGUUGAUUAUUGUGAAGUCUGCUCUACGUUGGUCCUUAUCUUCCUGCCAUAUUGCCUUUUCACUAUCUUUAAUGUUUUGGUACAUGUUUCCAGCAUGGUUCUUGAGCUUGAUGAAUACUUCCAUCUGCAUUCUAAUAUUGUUAUCUGUUGAAUUCAGUAUACUUC